AUGCUACAACGCCGGUGCCCUCAGUGUUUUGACCAUGUGCUCCGAAGGCCCGACACUCAACUCUCCCAACAGGCUGUAGCCCCUUCACCGUGCCGCGGAUGGCGUUGCCGACUCGGUGGUCAACAGAAAGCCUGGAGUAGCACGAUCAAGGCGGAUUUGGAAUUACUGGGUCUUCAAUCCGUAUAUGGAAUUCGCAACUGGAACCAGAACUGA